AUGACCGCCCGGCCUUAUCAGCGCGCCCACCACCGCGAGAGUGACGAGAGCGACGAUGACUGUGAACGUACUGAAGGCAACCAGCAAAAGCGCAUCAGCCAGUCGCAGCGAGCAGCACAGCGGAGCAUGCAACUGUACGCGUUCCUGUGGGUGGCGGCCGCGGGGCUCGUAGUUUACGGCACCGACUUUAUUCACGUUAUCAUGACCGACGCUCGCGUUAAAUGGGGCUUUUUCCAAAUAGCGCUCGUCUGUACAGGGGUCAUGAUCUGUAUCACAGCGUACCUGGCCAUCUACUUACCCUAUAUCAAGCGCAUCCGGUUGGAGUGGAGCGUCCACUACCCAAAGGUGAUCUCCGUUGCAACCAUCACAGGAAUUGUGGCCGGCUUGAGCUAUAUCUGCGCCCUGUGGCCAGUCUGGGGCUUGUUCACGCCUGGACUGCUGGGACUGCUCUUUAUCGGGACUCUCAUGAUCGCACACUUCCUGCCACCCAUGUAG